AUGCCUACAAAAACACACGUCUAUGAAAACUCAUUGGUUUAUGUAAGCGCACCUGUGCGAGCUCUAAAAAACACACGCCUAUGUACAAAGAAUUAUGCGCAAACAGCUCUGAGAGCACAGAUACGGAAGUUUAUAAAGGAAUCUGACAACGAGAAUGUGAGCGUUGAGGCAAUCAUGGAAAAUAAAUAUAUCUGUAGCGAGUAG